GAGCACGAGUCGUCAUUCGGUCGAACAUCUCGCCAGCACCGCCGGGCACCGCAUCCCGUCGGCUAAUCGGCUAAUCCGCAGCGCCAGCGAAGAUGGAGAGGUUCUUCUCCAACCCUUCAAACGCCCCACGGUGGGACGCGAAUACUGGCAUCACCCUGCUCUCGGGCCCCCCGUGUUGCGGGAAGACCUCUCUCCUCUUCCAGUUCGCGGUGAACCGCGCGGCGGAGAGUGGCCGCGGCGUCGUCUUCAUCUGCAGCAAGGGGAGGCUGGAGAGCAACCCCCCUUUCCUGUCCCAGGGUGUCGAUCCAUCGAUGAGCUUACUUCAGAGGAUACAAAUCAAAUAUAUCGAAAACGUCGAUGAUAUCAGAAAGUACUUUGCUGCAUUUCACCUUCUUGACGACUUCCCUGCUGCAGUCAUUGUUGACGAUUUUGCAGAUUUCUUCUCCGAAAGGCACUUUGGUUUGGUUCCACUUCCCACUAUACAAAAAAGGAGCUGCCAACAAAGAUAUGGAACUACUAGGGCUCGAGAUCUAGCAAUGGUGCGCGUAUUAGCUUUGUGCUACAAUGCUAUUGGGCAUGCAAAUGCAAAGCUUGGAACCCUUGGUUCUUGCAAUCUAUUACUAUCUGAUGUACAUCAAGAUGAUACCCCAAGAUCUUUGUUCAUUUACCAGAGAUGGAUAGAUUCCAUAUACACAAUCCGGGGUGACGGCAAAGGAUCCUACAUACUUCAGAACAUUGGCAGUCCAGAAACUGGAUCAAAGAAAGCAAGAAAAGCUAAAUACUCAAUAGCACUACAAUAUCUUGUUCUUGAAGAGACCAGCAGUUAAAAAUUCUUUCUUUUCUAUUACACUUCAGUUCCCAACAGGGAUCAUAGGAACCAACAGUUAAUUUUAUGCUUUUUGCAUACUGACUGUAACAACAAUUUCCUUUUUUAUGGUUCUCCCAUCUGCGCUUGAGUUGGUUGUAUAUGAAAAUUUGCACCUCUAGCUGAUAUGGGCGUUUUGCAUUUGCACCACCCCACAAGCUGGUUUGAUAUGUUGUGCUAAACUUCAGUGAGUACCACAAAUUUCCAGUGUCCUCAUUUUCCCAGAAUUUCAGGAAUUGCUCA